CCCUGCUCUUCGCGUUUUCACUCGUCGCGUUUUUGACACACAUUGCUUAGGUAAUGCUAGGCCGCCCAGCCACCACAUUACUCUUCGCCUCGUUGUGUUGCAGCCUGCUGGUGUGACAACAGCUUUCUCGCUACAGUGCCCUACAUUUUGCAACCACUCGUGCUCAAAGACGAGGCUGCAGCAAUGCCGGAACCACUCGGCUCGCGUAGACCCAGCGAGACCCUGCCACUCGCCGGCAGCGGGAGCAAGACGGGCAACACGUCAUUUCUCGGGGCUGUGACGACGAUGCUAAAGUUUUGUAUCGGUACAGGCGUGCUCGCUGUGCCGCACGCAUUCUCGACCGGAGGCGUAUUGCCAUGCGCACUGGCGCUGCUCGCGUUGUUGGCGUGGAAUGAUUGGGCGGGGCGCCGGCUCAUCCAGGCGCGCGACCUCCUCGACGCCGAUGCGCUGCGUCGAUUUAACGAAGGCGGCGGCGAGUCCCCGCUCGCGGCGCUGACCCGCGAGGUCUGUGGCGCGGCGGUCGCGGGCGUCGUCGAGGCCGUCUUCUUCGUUUUGAUGUUUGGCGUAGCUGUGGCAUAUUUAGUAGCGCUCCACGACUUCGUGAGAGCUACUCCCUUAGCACUGCCGCUCGGCGUCGACGUCGCGCUGGCCGCCGCGGCCGCCGUACCGCUCGCGUUGGUCGACGACUUCGGCUCGCUCGCGGCCGCGGGAGCUGCUGCGUUGGUAGCCCUCGCCUGCUCGCUCGCGGCCAUCGCGCUCUACGGCGUUUUGAGAAGGGAAAGAUUGGGAUGGGCGCAGAGCGGCACCUUCGACUGGACGAAGCCCGACUCCGUCGCUGAUGUGGGGGCCGCGGUGGGAGUGAUGGCCUUUUGUUUCGGCGUCGCGACCUGUGUGGAAAUCAAAAUUUUACGGCGCGUUCGUGCUGAAUCUUCGCGUCGUCCUCCACGCCAUCGACGCGACGCCUGCUCGAUGGCGUGCCGAUGCCGGUUCUUCACCGCUCGACCGAGCCAGGACGGCCGCGUCAUCGCCGAGAAAUGACUUAGUGAGGACUUGUCGGGUGCACACAGGUCGCGCCCGUGGCGCUGCAUUUGGAAGCAUCGAUGGCCGCUCCCGAGCGCUUUGCCGCAGCACAAAGAGUCGCUUUGUUUACGGCGUUCGCGGCGUACGUGAUCGUGGGCGCCGGCGUGGCCCGACUUUAUGAUGGGCCAGCACCAGACGACUCGGUGCCCGGCAACGUCUUGGACGCCCUCCCCAUGGGGGUUACUCCUACUUUGGUACGGUUGGCCAUGGCCGCGGCCUGCGUGGCGUCGAUUCCUAUUGGUUUGGUGGGCUGCGGCGAGAUCGUCGAGGCGCGGAUCCCGCGGUGCCGUCGGCUUGUGGUAAGAGGCCUCGUCGCCGUCGCCGCGGCGCUCGUCGCCUACGCCAUGCCGGCCUUCGCCUUGGUCGUCGGUUUAGUGGGCGCCGUCGCGGUGUGCACUUUAUCAUUUGCGCUGCCUCCUUUGGUACAUUUGUUGUUGGCAAAGCGCAACGGCCUCCCGGUGGCGGAGGACGCCGUUUUACUCAUAGCGGGCGUGCUGUUGGUCGUGGUGACGACGACGCUGACGGCGCGCACGACGGCCGCGGCGCUGGCGGAGGCCUACGCCGACGACGACGACUUCCUGUCGUGAACUUUUGUGUGACGCGGCAGCGCAAGUCAUCGCGUCCACUCCGACGCCAUCGACUCGACGGGUGUGUAUAUGUAGUAAUAUUAAUAAAAA